CAGCGACGAUAUAGUCAUCGAAGUCUUGCUCGCACCUGAGUCCUCGCCCGCACAGCAGCAGCGUCAGCAAUUCCCGCAGCUACACCAUCAGCAGAGCUCAGCUCCAUGGCAGCAGCCUUCGUCGAUGAUUCCGUCGGCAAAUCCAAACUACGCCGCCGCCGCCGCCUCGGGCUCGACCAUGCCUCACCUCACCUCUCGCCCUUCUCUCCCUCCCGUGUCUUUGAUCCACCAAGGCAUCCCGGAUUAUCCCACUUCUCCCUUAUCUGCCGCGCCUAUCUCCCAGUCCAACGACCGCAUGCGUCCGCGCAAAUCCUCAAUCUACAUCCCGCCCCCGCAAGGACAACUCCCUCAAGUCGCGUCUCGGGUGUGACGCAAAGCAUCCGCCAGAAGCUGAACUUUGUCGACGAAGGCAAGUGGAAAAAGUUCUCUGCGCGUCGGCUCGAGCUGAUCGACAAGAUGGCGCUGUCGACCAAGAAAGCAUCCGAGCAAGACGACGUGAUCAUCGCCGUUGCCGACACGCUCAGAGAGGAAAACGGGUUCCCGCCAGAUACCUUGCAGGACUUUGACAAGCUCGUCCGGGCUGCCGUGCAGUCUGUGCGGAGAAACAGAAAGAGACUGCCAAAGUCAAAGUCGAGGUCAAAGUCGCUGUCUGUCGAGCGCGAUAUGUCGUCGGAGUCUUCUUCGUCGCAUAUGGGAAUGAUCGACCACAGCUCUGCCAUCCCUAUCUAUGAGUCGCGAAUGGCGACUGAUCCGUGGCCGGUGUCCUCCAGCGCAUCGCUGUCGCCAUCUAUCGACGUCCUGGCGGCUAGCACCAGCUCGAGCGUGAGCGACGCUUCCUCCAGCUACAUGAGCAGUUACCAUCCUUCGCAUCUCGGCAGACUGAGCGACCCCAGCGUUGGCUCAGUCAGACCGACAUUGGCUCGCUCACCCACCGCAUCGUCGAUGUCGUCCGUGAGCACGUUCUCGUCAUACCUCUCUGCCUCGAACGAAGACACAGAGUCUACGGGCUCGCAAACCUCGCUCGACGUCUACACUGCCUCUUCUUCCUCGUCGGUCUCCUCGCAGUCGAGCACACUUUCGUCCCUCCCUCGCACUCUCCCCUCGCCCGGCAUCACAACCUCUCUCAUCUCAAAAUCGGUCUCAACCGCUCUGCCGGACCCAGCCAACGACCGCGACCAAUCCAUCGCUCUCGAGCUCCUCUACGCCAACGUCCUCUACCCGUGUCUCAUCUCUCGCUCGCAGAUGGCCGCAUCCUCAUCAAACUGCCUGCCGUUCCUGCUGAACAUUGUCCGCCGAGCUCUAGGUCUCGCAGACAACUCCCUGGUCGCGCUCUACUACACCCGCAAAGCAGACGGCGUGCGCUAUCAAAUCGCGUCUGACGCCGAGGCAGAGCUUCUCCUCCGCACGCGGCUGGGAAUGGACUCUCUGCGCAUCGAAGUGCUCGCCAUGGCGCUAUCCCAGUCUUCGGUCGUCAACCACCAGACGUCGACUUCGGUCUCUUUACUCUCGCCCUCUGGCAGCACGCUGUCUCCAGUGAGCGACACGAACGAGCCGCGCACGAGGAGAAUAUCGAUCGGCGCUCUAGUAGUAGCUUAAGGAGAAAUGUUUUUGGUUUUUCAUAGCAUCAAUUGUCCGGAGUUUGUGAUUUCCUUUCCUUUCUUUUUUUCUUUAUCUCUGGGGUCACGCAAGGGCUGUCAUGACUGAGCAGGAGUCUUCAUUCUUUCUAAUGUUUUGGUCACAGUAAAAUUUGUUUGGAAUCGUGGGUAGUUUAAUCAGAUUGCUUUUGCUUUCAUUUUCGUUUACGGUUUUUGGAUGGUUGGUGUUUUAUUCUGCAUGUGGAUAGGGAUAGGCGACAGUCAGCAGCGCUUCUGCUCAAUGAAGAUGAUUAUUCUUGGUUAAAUUCUCGGUCAGCGUAGUUCAACAUAGGUGGAUCGUCCUUCUUCUCUUGAUCUGGUUGCCAGUACAUGUGCUUGUGGAGAUGGCGUCAUUAACUUUAUAAUCCG